UAAAUCUAGGGUUCGGUAGUCGAUAAUAGUUCUAGAUCUAGAAUAAUUAUCGGUGUACCAAUAUAAUGAGUCUGUCUUCCCGAAAAAAAGAAACAAGUAUAUGCGUUUAAACGCCUACAGUUUUAUCCACAAGAUAUUUGUCUUAGAUUUGAUCGAUUUUUACCAUCUUUUUCUAUCACGGACCCUGUAUUGCGGAUGACUCAUCCCUUUCGGUAGCUUUUCACCAUUUUUAUUGUAGGAUAAGUGCAAGUCAUAAAAAAGUUCCAAAGUGAAGAGACUUUUCAGGUUAAACGACAGUAUGCAGCACGAUAGUUUGAAACCCUAUUGCCGUAAAUAGCUCAAAUGAGUAGCUUGUGUUAGACUUUUUCAACAGAAGGGGCUAUCUCACGUCAGCUCAACUCAAAGGGGCACACAACGCCAACACCCGAAGAACGGGCACCAGCUUUUAGGCGUGCUCUUAUAAUUACAGCGCGCUCCUUGCUACACAUGGUAAUGGUUCAGUGCCGUAGAAAUGUACACGAGCCUGAAGGUUUUCGACCACAUUCCCAUUCCCAAUGGUGUCUCGCAGUAAACGAAACUUAUGUCCUCCUAUGUUAUCUCAAUUAAUGCUCGACUACGUUGGGCAGUUUCUCAAGGUGUAUUUUACGAUUUCAGAUUAUUUCCUAAUCGAUACCUACAGUGGCUUAAUCAUACUCGUGAAACAGCUGACAAUAGGUUAGCUACAUUUACACUUAGUCCACCGAAAACAACAAACGUUUAAACUCAGAUUUUGUCCUGUCAAGAGGCUGGAAUCCAAAAAUCGCUACAGAUUUUUGUUUCAUAGAUUGGCAUGUAAGGCCUAUUGCCGGACUGUAAGGCCUAUUGCCGGACUCGCAGAAAGCUUUCCUAAUGCUCCUAUUACUUUAUUAUUGUGUGUUGUACUUUACCACUUCGGAAACCUACGCCCUGUGACAAUCACCUGAUGAAUUGAGAACGAGCAGAGCAGCCUUUCUAGAUAAUUUGCACAGCAGUCAGCUAUCUCCGUCAAUCAUCUACGGCGAACGCCCAAAGAGACUCUUCAGCCAAAAUGGAAAGGAACGAACAGGUGGAAUUGAAGAAGGAGAUCGGUCUUCUUUCUGGUGUACUGAUGGUAGUAGGCACUAUUAUUGGCUCAGGAAUAUUUGUAUCCCCCAAGGGGGUGUUUCAGCAUGCGGGUUCUGUAGAGGUCGCUUUGCUCGUUUGGGCGUUAUGCGGCCUAUUCUCAUUAUGCGGUGGAAUCUGCUAUGCUGAGUUGGGUACAUCAAUUCCCAGAAGUGGUGGCGACUACGCGUAUACCCUCGAGGCGUUCGGGCCGCUACUGGCCUUUUUAAGGCUUUGGAUCACGGUCAUAAUUGUUCAGCCGGCCACCCUUGCCAUUCUAUCGCUCGCGUUCGCAACGUACCUUAUAAAACCAUAUUACCCAGACUGCGAGCCGCCGGAUACUCUUCUGCGACUUAUCGGCAUACUCUGUUUACUGCUGCUGACGUAUGUCAAUUGCCGUAGCGUGAAACUUGCUGUGAAGGUUCAAGACUACUUCACAACCGCUAAGUUAAUCGCAUUGGUACUUAUUAUUGCAACCGGAUUAUAUCGCAUUUGCACAGGUCAUACUGAACACCUUGCAAACCUAUUCUCGGAUACAACUGUUAGUCCUGGUGGCCUUUCACUUGCUUUUUAUUCAGGACUCUUUGCUUACGGAGGUUUCAACAAUUUAAACUAUGUUGCCGAGGAACUGCAUAACCCAAAAAGAAAUUUACCGCUGGCUAUUUACAUCGGAGUAUCAAUCGUCACGGUCGUGUAUGUUUUGACCAACAUAGCAUAUUUCACAGUAAUUUCGCCGGAGGAGAUGCUCAAAUCACCUGCUACUGCCGUGACAUUUGCGCACAGAAUGUUUGGCCCAAUGGCCUGGACAAUGCCUGUAUUCGUUUCACUAUCGAUUUUCGGAGGCCUUAAUGGAAUUAUGUUCACCAUCUCAAGACUAUUCUUUAUUGGAGCUCACGAGGGUCACUUACCGGCUUUCGUCGGCAUGAUCAACGUGCAUCACCUUACGCCGACACCUCCGAUUCUUCUAUCGACCGGUAUCACCCUUCUAAUGUUUAUAACAUCGGACAUUUACGCUCUGAUCAACUAUCUUUCGUUCAACUACUGGCUCUGGGUGGGCAUCUCGAUUCUUGCCCUUUUGAAGCUAAGGCACUUGAAACCGGAUCUUCCGAGGCCUAUUCAGGUAAACCUGAUUUUUCCAAUCUUGUUUCUACUUAUGUGCGUUUUCCUAACGGUGAUGCCCCUCUACGAAACACCGUUGAAGAGUGGGUUGGGCGUCCUCAUCCUCCUAAGUGGAAUCCCAGUUUAUUACCUCCUUGUGAAGCCAAACAAGAAUCUAAUCGGUCUUAGAAAUAUAUCUGCUUAUUUUACAAUCCAAAUGCAAAAGCUACUUGUAGUUGUACCUCCAGAAAAAGAAGCCGGUCUAUGAAGUCGCCUGAGCAUACAAGGAUCACCGUUCAAAUAGGUCAUAUACUAUACAUAGUGAUAAAUCGAAGUGUUCACGAUCCUAUUUAUAGGUGUACAUUGAAUCGUAUAAAUCCUCAAACGUGAAAAAAAUUUAAUGAUGGUAAGUGCAUUUUUAUGAACAUGUUGUAUAAUACGCUGCAUAGACUUAGCAUCUGGUUGUGACCCCUGUAACUAGUCGAUGCAUACAACCAAUGAACAAAUGAGAUGCUGGAAAGUUGUAAAUGAAAUUAACUCAUAGUUCCAUAGAAUGCCACUGGAAAACACGUUGAACGCCAAAAAGCAGCGCCAAUUAUGUUUAAAGCCCAAAGUUAUGCUCUAUUUUUGUAUGCCGGACGUGAGAGCAAAUAUUGGUGAAGAUUAUACUAUACAUACAUCGAAAAUUUCGCCUAUGUCAUCUGUCAAUGCGAAUAAACGAACGGAUGUUUAGAGAACCAUUAUCUCUCAGUGUUACUACUUCCUGUGUCUUCCGAGUAUCCAUUAUUAACUAUAUCUUAUCAUAUGCCAGCCAUAUUCACAGAAGAUUCGAUCAAGUCUUGUACAUGAUAUGAUGUUAACUUAUGAUAUUCGACACUAAUAAAGUGAUAAAGUUAUGGUUAUGUUAUAUUU